AGGGGCUAGGCUGGGAGGCUGGGAGGGUAGCAGGGUGGGAAGGGGCUGGGGCCUCAGAUGAUAAAGCAGAGCCACUCCAGGCCAGCGCUAUGACCUCUGGAUCAUUGCCCUCUGCAUCCUACAGCUCCAUCUUCGUGUCCUGCAGACAUGGCCCUGCCCCUGCACAUCCCUCUGCUUCUCCUGGCGGCCCUGGUCUUGAGCCUGGCCAUGACCCCCACAGCCUUGAAGUCCUCCACAAAGAGGCUUCCUCUAGUGGGGGAAAUGGAAGAUGGAGACAUCAAUGACAAAGAGGUGCAGAAUAUAGUGGACUUCACCCUCCGGGAGUACAACAAUGAUAACAACGACCUGAACCUCAGCAGCUUGGUUCGGGUGUUGCGUGCCCGUCAGCAGGUGGUGGGCGGCAUGAACUACUACUUGGACUUGGAGAUCGGCAGAACCACAUGUGUGAAGAACCGGUCCAACCAGGUCAACUGUCCCCUCAGUGAGGAGCCGACGCAGCUCUGCUCCUUCGUGGUCUACUCCAGGUCCUGGGAGGACUACACAGUCCUGACAAAGUCCAGAUGUCGCAAGGCUUGAGGUUCCGUCUUGGCCAGGAACAACAACCACCACUUACCCAUGUCCCCUGCAGGGUCCCCAACACAGUGAUGGAGCCCAGCCCUGGUGCAGUCUCCUUGGUGCCCCAGCACCCAGGCUCCAGUUCAGCAGGCUUCUCUGGGCAACAUGGACUCCCACCAGGUGUCCUCUUCCUUUCUCCUGUGCUUCACAACCACACCUAUGGGGGGCGCACAGGCCGCCCCUGCCUUGCUCAAUAAAAAUCUGCACCA